AAGGAGAAGAAGAAUGUGAGACAUCUGAGGCUUGUUUUCCCUUUGAUUUCGUCUGUUGUCAAUAACAACCAGUAAACAAGAUGAAGGUGAAGUGGACCAUGCUGGGCAUGGUUGUCUUCUUUCUGCUCUCAGUGGUCAUGACCUGUUGCUUCAUAUGGCAGUAUAGGAUGCCAAAGAUGAAGAAAGAAAUGGAUGUAAAAGAAGCAACAACAGAGGAGAUGUGCCCUCACUUCCCUGAGCCUGUGCCCCUCAAACAUCCCAUCACCUCACUGAGGGCAGCUUUGGAAAAGAUAGAUGCACUCCUGAGGUCAAGUGUUCACACCACCAAGCUGCCGGCCAUAUCAGCCAUCGUGGUUUUAAAUGACUCUAUUUUGUGGAAUGGAAACUUUGGCAAGAAGAACAUAAGCGACCCCUCCUCACCUGCACCCAAUGAGUACACAAUGUACAGGAUUGCGAGCCUCUCUAAGAUCUUCCCCACACUAAUGCUUUACAAGUUGUGGGAGGAUGGCCUGGUGGAGUCUUUGGAUGACCCUCUGGAGAAAUACAUGGACAACUUCGCUAUCAAGAACCCACUGGGGGAAAAUAGCGGGACAGCAUCCUCGUCAGUCAGGACCCUCAGCAGCCGCUCUCCUGCCCUCACCCUGCGCAGGAUGGCUAGCCAACUCUCUGGGUUACCUAGAAGAUUAAGAUCAACUAAUCUCCUUUGGAGUGGAAAUACAGAGGCAGCCCUUAAUUUGUUACAGGAUGAUGUCCUUGUGGCCGAUCCAGGCACCAAAUGCCACUACAGCAAUGUUGCUUUUUCCUUAUUGGCCAACAUCUUGGCCCAAAAGGUGACUGGCUCAGACUUUGAGAGCUGGGUAUCUGACAACAUUCUGGAGCGGCUCAACAUGGAGGACACUGGUUUCAACUUAACUCCAAACGUUCAGAGGCGGAUGGCUGUUGGUGUGUACAGCAAUGGCCAGCCAGCACCCCUCUAUAACCUUGGAUGGUACCGACCUGCAGGCCAAAUGUUUUCCACAGCAGCUGACAUGGCCAAGUUAAUGAUGACUCUUCUGGGCGGUUAUGGUGGGACUCUGCUCCAGCAGGACACCCUAAACACCAUGCUGACCCCGGUUUUUCGAUGCCACAGCAACUACUUCAGCAACGCCACCGGCACACCAUGGGAGAUCAAUGAACAGUUCAACUAUGAUGUGGUGAGGAAGGAUGGGGACCUGGAUGGUUACGCAGCCACCCUUUCCCUGGUGCCACGGCUCAAGCUGGGACUAGUGGUCCUGAUGGCUGGGGUUCGGCCUGCAGACCAGGACCUGGUUAGCCAGGCAUAUAGCUAUCUCAUCCCUGCAGUGGAGAGUGCUUUCAGGGAUGCUCAACGAACUCUUAGACCACCUCCAAACCCAGCUCCAUAUGUGGGAUUUUUUACUUACAGGAAUAUGACUUUCUAUGAGAUUAAGGUGGACUCUGAAAGGGUGCUGAUCAUGCAGCAAUUUGGACCACAUGUGGACACAACUGUGCCAGCCAAGUACCGAACUAUUCAGUUGGAUUACCUGCAGGACAGGGUGUUCAGGGUGGUGUUUAAGAGCCCGUACCCUUGCAAACUGAAAGUUAACAGUGCCUCAGUCUCCCUGGAGGCACAGGACAGACAGCUCUUUAAUUUUUACCCCUUCAACAAAAAAGGUGUGUCACCGGGGUUUGAUUCCCCAGGACUCAACACUUACAGGGUGACGAGGAUAAAUGGCAGACCAUUCUUUACUUCAUAA